CCUGUGCUUGUGGCACUCUGUCAGUUAUAUUGAAACAAAAGUGGUACCGCUGGCUGCCUGGGCCAGCAUCCCUAGCCCGCUCGCCUUCGGCUGUCGCCGACAUGGAACCGGUGGCUAGCAACAUCCAGGUCCUGCUGCAGGCAGCAGAGUUCCUGGAGAGGCGCGAGAGAGGGGCUCCAGCUGACGGAUGUGGUCUCUCUCUGGCAGAGGCGGAGCACGGUUAUGCGUCCCUGUGUCCCCACAGUCCCGGGGCCGUCUGCAGGAGGAGGAAGCCACCCCUGCAAGCUCCUGGCGCGCUGAACAGUGGACGGUCUGCGCACAAUGAGCUGGAGAAACGAAGGAGAGCCCAGCUGAAGCGGUGCUUAGAGCAACUGAGGCAGCAGAUGCCCCUGGGAGUUGACUGUACCCGAUAUACUACCCUGAGCCUGCUGCGCCGGGCCAGGGUGCAUAUCCAGAAGCUGGAGGAGCAGGAGCAGCAAGCCCAGCAGCUCAAGGAGAAGCUAAGAAGCAAACAGCAGAGCCUACAGCAGCAGCUGGAGCAGCUCCAGGGGCCACCGGGAGCUCGAGAACGGGACCGGCUGAGAACAGACAGCCUGGACUCUUCCGGCCUGUCCUCUGAGCGUUCUGACUCAGACCAAGAGGAUUUGGAAGUGGAUGUGGAAGGCCUGGUGUUUGGGACUGAGACGGAGCUCCUCCAGAGCUUCAGCGCUGGGCAGGAGCACAGCUACUCACACCGCACCGGCACCUGGCUAUGAUGACCGCUGCCUGUCGCAGCCUGUACUCUCUGGACUGAGCCUGCCAGUCAGUGGCCCCACACAAGUCGGCUUAGAGCCACAUGUUGAAGAGACUGUACCGCCACCGUGUGGAGCAGACUCUGGACUCUGCCGCACAGUUUGAGCCUGGACCAGCCUCCCCAUCCCCCAGGGAAUUUUAUGUAGCACUUAGGUCUACUUUGCUGCUCCCACAGGGACAGGAAGCCUGUAACUUCUUGUUCCUGGGCAAAGCCCCAGGCCUCUGCCCAUAUAUACUACAUAGUAUUUUCAUUAAAAUCCUCGUUCGUAA